AUGAAAUAAAUUUGAUUAAAUAAGUGUAUUUAAAGGUACUGCAAUAAUCCAUCUACCAUAUCGAAAUACAUGUAACAAUGUAUCAUAUACAAAUAGUUUUGAUAAUCAUCCUAGUUGUUUCAACUGGUAUAUUCACUCAAAAUAUAUUAUAUGGAGAAACAUUGUAUCAAUGUCCACAACAUUGGAUAAAAUUCCAAGAAUCUUGUUAUCGUUUUAUAAAAAGUCCCAUUAGAGAAAGGGACGAGGCUAGAAAAAAUUGUCAGGCUUAUCAGAGUGAUCUUAUUACAAUUAAUUCUGUGGAAGAACAUGGAUUUGUAUUAUAUCAAUUAUUAUGGCAAGAUCCUCAACAUCGUAAAUGGUACACUGGCAUUAAACAUCAAAAUGGAAACUGGAUGAAUGAAGGUGAUAACACUCAGUUACUAAACAUGGAUAAUGCAUUCUUGCCUGAGUCCAAUGAUAAUAUAAUUGGUAAAGAUUAUCUCGUAUAUUCUUACCACAAUAAUUUACAACGAUGGGGACUAGAAAAAGUAACAGCUAGAGAAAAGUUGUUGUACAUUUGUGAAGCUCCAAUCACUACUUUGCAUAACUUAGUUGAAGAUGAUCGUACUUAUCAAUAUGGUGUUGAAAUUGAUAACCCUAACCAAAUACCCAGAGGACCAUAUUUUAUAAAGCAACCUGUAGAUAAAGUAUUUGAUGUGACAAAAAGAAAAACAAACAAUGAUGUUUCUUUAAGUUGCCUUGCGGGUGGUUACCCUGCACCAACAUAUGAAUGGUUUAAGGAGGAUUAUGAAAAUGAUAGAUUAAUUGCAACAAAAAUAGAUCCGCUACAAAAUGUUAGAUAUACAGUGAGUGGUGGUACAUUAAUUAUUUAUGAACCUGACCAGACAGUAGACAGAGGUUCAUAUCAUUGCAAAACCACAAAUAAGUUUGGUACUAUUAUUUCGGAAAGUGUUGAACUAUCAUUUGGUUAUAUAUUGGAAUUUAAUUUAAAACGCUCAGAAGAGCGUGGUGAUCAAAAUUGGGGUAAAGCUGUGUACUGUGAUCCACCACAACAUUUUCCUGGAGUUAAAUAUUACUGGGCACGUGACUAUUUCCCUAACUUUGUGGAAGAAGAUAAACGUGUCUUCGUUUCCCAUGAUGGGGCCCUUUAUUUUUCUGCAUUGGAAAUGAUUGACCGUGGAAAUUAUUCUUGUAAUGUACAAAGUGUUGCAUCUGAUACUGGUCGUAAUGGACCAUUCUUCCCAUUGAGGGUUGAUUCACAUUCUUCAUUUCAACAAUUAAAAUUUCCCAAUAAUUUUCCAAAAGUAUUUCCAGAGGCACCAGUUGCUGGAGAGGAAGUUAGACUUGAAUGUAUUGCGUUUGGAUAUCCUGUUCCAUCAUAUAACUGGACAAGAAGAGGUGCGCCAUUACCACGUGGAGCACAUGUAACCAGUUAUAAUCGAGUAUUAAUAAUACCAAAAGUACAUGUUGAUGAUCAAGGAGAAUACAUCUGUAGAGUUCACAAUGAUAGAUUAGCAAUUGAAAAUUCUGUAAGGCUAACUAUACAAGCAGCUCCCAAUUUCACCAUUCCAUUAGUGGAUAAACACAUGGAUAAUAGAGGCGAAUUAACUUGGACUUGUGAAGCAUUUGGAAUACCAGAUGUAACUUACAGUUGGUUUAAAAACGGUGAAUUAUUGGAUAUGGAAAUUUUGCACCCUGAAGAUAAAGAUCGUUAUUUUAUACAAGACAAUGUUCUAAGCAUAAAACAUUUAGAUCCAGAAAGAGAUCCAGCUAUGUACCAAUGUCGUGCAAAGAAUCAAUUGAAAACAAAAUACUCAUCUGCACAACUCAGAGUUUUAUCAUUAAAACCAUCCUUUAAAAAGCGACCUUUGGAACCUGAGACAUAUGCAGCAGAAAAAGGCAAUGUUACAAUUUUUUGUAAUCCUGAAGCUGCACCCAGGCCGAAAUUUGUCUGGAAAAAAGAUGGAAAUGUGAUUGGCUCUGGUGGUAGACGAAAAAUUUUAGAAACUGGUAGUCUUAUUAUAAGCCCAGUUUCUAGAGAUGACGAAGGCACAUACGCGUGUACUGCAACGAACCAGUAUGGAAGUGAUGAAACUCGUGGGCGACUGAUAGUUUUACAUGGGCCACAAUUUCUGGAGCGAUUACCACAACACAUAACUAUUGCAGUAAUGCAAAAUCAAACUUUGCGUUGUAUGGGAGAAAUAGAUGAAAUCCUAGAUGUUGCUUAUAUUUGGAAGCACAAUGGUUUACUUAUCAGAGAUGAAGAUUUAUUGAAUAAUCCAAGAUUGCAUAUUGAUGGCGAAGAACUUAAUAUAAUAAAUGCUACGUUCGCAGAAGCUGGAGAGUAUGAAUGUAUAAUUAAAAGUGCUGUGGGGAAAAUUUCUAGCAAAACAAUAAUUACAGUACAAGGACCGCCAGGACCACCUGGAGGUGUACAAGUUGUAAAUAUUGUAAAAACUUCCACAACAUUACGUUGGACAGAUGGUGCUUUGAAUGGUAAACCCAUUACUAUGUAUACAGUAAGCGCAAGAACCAAUUGGAACCAUACAUGGUCUAAUAUCAUAGAAAAUAUUACUGCUGUGGAAGUAGAUAGAUAUAAUGGCAGGAAAGAAGCAUAUUUAGAGAAUAUUUUAAAUCCUUAUACCACUUACUCGUUUGCUGUAUCUGCUUAUAAUGAAUUAGGAUACAGCUUAUUUUCUUCACCUUCGCCGCAAUAUAGCACUCCAUCAGAUAAACCAACUAAAGUUCCAUCUAAUAUAGGUGGUGGAGGGGGGAAAAUUGGAGACCUUACCAUUAAAUGGGAUCCUUUACCACCCUCAGAUCAAAAUGGUCCAGGAGUUUACUACAAAAUCUUUUGGCGUAGAAAAUAUCAUGAAACAGAGUUUCAGUCAUUAUCCUUGAAGGAUUAUGGUAAUGUUGGUAGAAGUGUUAUACAAAUUCCACAACAAUUCUAUUAUACAGAAUACGAAGUCAAAGUCCAAGCAGCUAAUGCAUUAGGCUUUGGACUAGUUUCUGAUGCAGUUACAAUAUUUAGUGCAGAAGACAUGCCACAGGUAGCUCCACAACAAGUUGUUGCGCGUAGUUAUAACAGUACCAGUUUAAAUGUUAGUUGGGCAUCAAUUGAAAAAACUCGGGAAAAAAUACGGGGGAAAUUAAUAGGUCACAGGAUAAAGUACUGGAAAGAAAACAAUCGAGAAGAAGAUGCAGUAUAUUACUUAUCUCGAAGUACAAGGCCUUGGGCUCUUGUAGUUGGUUUGCAACCUGACACAUACUAUUAUGUCAAAGUAAUGGCAUAUAAUUCUGCUGGAGAGGGUCCUGAGAGCGAACGAUAUUUAGAAAGGACAUAUCGGAAGGCACCACAAAAAGCACCAUCUUCUGUUAAUGUAUAUGGUGUCAAUCCUUCGACAGUUAGAGUUGUUUGGCGUUACGUACAACCAAGUUUAGAAGAGGAACCACUAAUAGGAUACAAAAUACGUGUUUGGGAAUUAGAUCAAGAUAUGAGUACUGCAAAUGAUACUAUUAUACGAGGCGGUUCAAAAUUAGAAGCCGAUAUUAUUAAUCUUAGUCCUGGUAAGGCGUAUCAUUUGCGUGUACUUGCAUAUAGCAAUGGUGGCGAUGGACGCAUGUCAAGCCCAACUUAUACAUUCCAAAUGGGUGAUGCAACAGCUUUCAGAAGUAGUGGUAGUAACAAAAUCUUGAAUGCUGCUUCUGGUAUAUCAUUGUUAUUACUAUUACUCAUUUAUGAAUACGUAUAGUGCAUGGGCACUUUUUAUAUUAUGUAUGUACAUUCAACGAAUAUAUAGCAACAAAUUUUUAUG